AUGACCGUAAACGACACUCAGAUAGAAAAUAGCCUCACUUGGGAUGAGCUGAUAGAUGAACUUCAGAAAAUUUUGGAUGUUCCAAAGCAUCUCCGUCCAGCUGAGAUAGAUCAUGCCAAACUGCAAAGUUUGAUGGACAGAUAUAAAUCUGAUCGUAAGGAUUGGGGAAAAUAUGCCUUACAAGAAAGCCACAAAGGGUACACCCGAAAUGGAGUGAUAAACUUUGGUGAUAACGCCAACCUGCUUAUUCUAGUUUGGAAUCCAAAAAAAGGUUCUGCAAUCCAUGACCAUGCGGGAGCACACUGCAUUAUGAAAAUCUUGGAUGGAAGUUUGCAAGAAGAACUUUUCGACAAUCCCCGAAUCAAAGGCCAGGGAAACGAGGUGGUAUGUUACGAUAAGCAUCCAAUGAACAAGAAUCAGAGCAGAUAUAUCAACGACUUGAUAGGGGUCCAUAGAGUCACCAAUGUCGGUACAGUUCCGGCUGUCAGCCUCCACUUGUAUACUCCUCCGUAUGCAAAAUUGUACGGAUGUAACAUCUAUACGCAAGACGAUGGGCAUUCCUCGCAUGUCGACAUGUCGCGUCUUUAUAGUUGGCAGGGUAAGGUUAUAAACAAUAAGUCGUAUUCCACAUGUUGA